AUGUUUUUCGCCGGGGGCGCGUGUUGUUGUUGUCCUGUCGUCGCCACUGCUCACGUCUUCGUGUUGCUGGUCGCCGUGGUCGUGUCGCCGUUACCCGGCGUCCGGGCCCAGGCGGAGGACAUACCUCACAACGAGGUAAAAAAUUGGGCACUGAAAUUCGGUGUGGACCUGUGGGAGUUUGGCAGACAAAUCACCAACAUGAAUGAAAUCCAGAGAAAAUAUCGAGAGCGAGAAUCUAAAGUUCGAAGAAAAGACGGACUUUUACUUAUUCGUGAUUUGGCAGCAGAAGUUAAAAAUAUGAUGGAUAUCAAAAUGAAUUCUGUUUUGAGGCUAAUGGAAGCUGGCGAACAAUCUGCUUUAGCUAAUCAAGAGGCUGCUGUAAAAAGUGAGCGAUAUGUAAAUGAUGGAUUUGGGGAUUAUAAGAGUCUCGAAUCAAUAGACCGAUAUGAUCAAUGUGCAUUUAACACCACUGUAAAUUGUGUGCUGUUACAGAGCACAUAUGUAGAUCCAGAUUCAGUUGAUGAAACCGUAGUACGAGAUAUGCAGUGGACUGAUCAUCUGGAUCCAAUAUUUGUAAGCAAUUAUGAAAUGGACCCCGUAUUAUCAUGGCAAUAUUUCGGUAGCACAAAAGGGACACUCAGAAGAUUUCCAACACUGAGAUGGCCUUCAUAUUCAGGAUUGUCACCAUCUGCGUUAUUUGACUAUCGACUUAAUCCGUGGUUUGUAGAAGCUGCAACCAGUGCGAAAGAUAUAGUUAUAAUAGCUGAUUUUUCAAUGGCAUUAUCUGACUAUAAACUUAGUCUUGUAAGAGCUACUACUUUAGCGGCGCUUGAUACUCUUGGUGCUAAUGAUUUCGUCAAUGUUUUAUCACUUGAAUCAUCAAACUAUGAAAUUGUUCCAUGUUUCAAAGAAAUGAUUGUUCAGGCCAACGAGAAGAACUUAAGAGAUUUAAGAUCCGCCGUGGCACAAUCAAAGUUUGCUAGCAGUUCUAACUUCACUGGAGCUCUAGCCCGUGCAUUCGACAUACUGCAUAAAUUUAAUCGUACCGGUCAAGGAAGUCAAUGCAAUCAAGCUAUAUUGAUAAUUACUGACGGUCCAUUUGGACCAUAUAAAGAAAUUCUGCAACAUAAUAAACCACAUAUGCCGGUUCGAGUUUUUACGUAUUUAAUCGGCAAAGAUGACUCAAACGCUGCUGAUAUGAAUUGGAUUGCUUGUAACAACAAAGGUUAUUUCGAACAUAUCGAAGACCAAAGAAAUCUUCGAGAAAAAGUACUAAACUAUGUUUUAGUUAUGGCUAGACCAUUAGUUAUGUAUCAAACCGAUCAUCCAGUAUAUUGGUCACCAGUCUAUCUUGCAAGCAAAGUUGACAAUUUAAAAGCUACUGACACUAUAGAUGGCAGACUUAUGACAACAGUAUCUGCGCCCGUUUUUGACAGGAGAAACCAUUCGGAACGAGCCGCCAAUUUAUUGGGUGUGGUUGGUAUGGACGUCUAUAUUGACGACCUAAAGAAACUUGUUCCAGCCUAUAAGCUCGGUGCCAAUGGUUACUCCUUUAUAUUGGACAAUAACGGACAUGUCCUUUACCAUCCUGACUUCCGACCAACGCAAUCUGAUUCGGUCAGACCUCAAUAUAAGACGGUCGACCUGAGUGAGAUUGAGUUACCGGACGUGGACACUAAUAAUAACACUCUAUUGCUCGAAUUGAGGAGAGAAAUGAUUGAGCAGCGGGAAGGCGAAACUACUCUAAAAGUCAAAAAUCACUUGGAUAAUAUGAGACGAGUAUCUUACUAG